UCGUAGUUCGAACUCUAUUGUGUGUGUCUGUUUUACGGACUCAGCACGUCAGAAUAUUUUUUCUCCAAUGGCGGCCUUCAAGCACUUUCAGAACAUGUACGAUAUUAGUCUGAAACCUCGGUUGCUACGUUCACUAAUAAGAGACCAUCUCCCUGACGAGAAACACCCAUUUCCUAGACCUUCAGAGCUAUCUAUAGUGGUUUCAGCAAUCAAGACCCAUGGGCUUUUAUUUGAAUCUUGCAGAGAACCAGUUGAUCCAAAGCAGGUUGAUAACUGGAAAACUGCCAUUGAUGCAUGGGUUGAGCGUCUUCUGUUGCUUGCUUCAAGCAAAAUGCCAGACAAAUGCUGGGCAGGAAUCUGUUUGCUAGGUCUGACUUGUCAGGAUUGCAGCUCCGAUCGUUUUCUGGCAUCCUACUCUGUUUGGUUUCAGAAGCUCGUUGCACAAAUUCAGCCUCCAUCUGCUUCUCAUUUUGUGAAAGUUGCUUCUUGUGCAUCCUUGGCAGAUCUUUUUACAAGGUUAGGUGGAUUUUCAAAUUUAAAGAAAGAUGGGACAUCUCAUGCUGGGAAACUUAUUCAACCAAUUUUGGAGUUGUUAAGUGAUGAUAGCUCAGAAGCUGUGUGGGAAGGAGCAGUUGAUCUGUUGCGCAGCAUUCUUAUUUACUUUCCAGCUUCUGUCCAUCGUCACUAUGACACUGUUGAGGCUAUUAUUGUUUCAAGAAUUAUGUCAGAGAAAUGCAGUGCGACUAUAUCUAAGAAGUUUGUCUAUUGCUUAGCCCUACUUCCAAAAUCGAAAGGAGACGAGGUUAGCUGGUCUUUGAUGAUGCAAAAGAUUCUAAUAUCAAUAAAUGCUCAUCUGGAUGAUGCCUUUCAAGGAUUAGAAGAAGAAACUAAAUCUAAUGAAGUUAUCAGACAUUUGGUUCCACCUGGGAAAGAACCCCCUCCUCCUCUAGGAGGCCAGCCAAUGUCUGGAGAAGCCUCUAAUCAAGCAACUAAAGCAUCUGAGCAGUUUAUACUGCACAGAGUGUCUUUGCUGGUUUGCAGCUGUUGUACAAUGCUUACUAAUCCUUAUACUAUUCAAGUAACUAUUCCUGUUCGCCCUUUACUAGCACUUGUUAGAAGAGUGCUAAUGGUGGAUGGUUCUCUGUCACAAGCCUUGCUGCCCUUCUUCACAGUCAUACAACAAGAGUCUAUUUGUUCAGACCUUCCUCUGCUGCACUUGUGUACUUUGGAUCUUUUGACUGCAAUCAUUAAGGGAGUACGCAGCCAACUAUUACCACAUGCUGCAGAUGUUGUGCGCCUCCUAACAGAGUAUUUCAGGCGAUGUGCACUCCCAGCUUUAAGAAUAAAGGUUUAUUCAAUCAUGCGGGUUUUGCUAAUAUCAAUGGGUGUUGGAAUGGCUCUCUACCUUGCUCAGGAAGUUACCAACAAUGCAAUUAUUGAUCUAGAUUUCAUUGCUUAUGGUUGGGGUAGGGCAUCUUACAACCCCAACUCAAAGGCUACAACUGAGGCAUUGCAUCAGCCAAGUCACAGGAAAAGGAAGCAUAGUACUAUAACAGCAUCCUUUCAAGUGCAGCAAAGUGGUGUUGGCAGGGAGGUUGAAACAGUAAAAAACAAACAAGUAACUCCAAUUGCUGUCCAGAUAGCUGCACUACAGGCAUUGGAGGCUCUUCUUACUGUGGGUGGUGCUUUGAGAUCUGAGAGUUGGCGAUCCAAUCUAGAUCUUCUUUUGAUAACAGUGGCAACAAAUGCAUAUGAUGGGGAAUGGGCCAAUGAGGAAAAGGGCAUUUCUGUCUUGUCUUUUGAACCAAAUUGUACGUGGGCAGAGUUCCAGCUUGCUGCAUUACGUGCACUUUUAGCCUCUUUUCUUUCCCCAUCUCGUGUUCGGCCUCGAUAUUUGUCCGAUGGUCUUGAACUCUUUCGUAGAGGCAAGCAAGAGAUUGGAACAAAGCUAGCUGAAUUUUGUGCUCAUGCUCUUUUAGCCUUAGAAGUGCUCAUACAUCCUCGUUCCCUUCCGCUGGUGGAUAUUUCAUCUCGAAGUCAGGGUGAAUUUGUUUCAAGUUUUGACCACAGAUUACCAGAAAAUUUAUUUUCUGUUAGCCAGAAAAACAACAAUUGUACAUUUCCAGGAGAUAUAUUGGUAAUGGAUGAUCCUGAACUUGAUGAUGACCUGUAUAGUAGCUGGCUGGGGAAUGGUGAAGAAACUGAUGUCCCAAUGAGUGUGCCAGACAAGCAAUUGAGAAGUGCUCAAGAACUUUGUGGGAAAGAUGUUUGGCAGGCUACAGGAGAUUGUCUGGCGGAAAAGAUACUUUCUGAUUCAACUGGUGCUUUGUUUCUCAUGGAAGGUGAUGGUGGGGCUACAGGUGCUGCCCAUAUGGAGAUAGGAGGAAAUGGUAAUGUGAUUAUGACAGAAUCAGAGCAAGUGCAAGAAAUUGUUCGAAAUAAUGAUGUUGAGGCACAGGAUAAAGACAUUGUGAUUAGUACUGGUAGUUUUACAUUAAUUGAAGGAAAACCCAAGAAAGGUAAAGCAGAGAGCAAUAGGAUAUACGCUUCCAAAGUUGCCACAACUAUAUCUAGUUUUUCUGUCGUCAAUGGGAUGGAUAGCAGUGAUCCCGUGGCAGCUGCUGCUACUGCUAAGUCAACUCCAGCUCAAGGUGGUCUUAUUACUACAUUGAUCUCUGAGAAAGGAAGGGGACUUUCUCUUGAGUACAAUACUGAUGCAUCAAUGGAUUCCUUUCCUGAUAUUGUUGAUGGUGAUCCAGAUUCUGAUUAGCACUGGAUUUAUAACUUUCACUACGUUUUAAUGGGCUUGUAAGGGAAAUGAUCCCUAAAAGAGUGUAAAGCUAAUUUUCCAAAGAGGAAAAUGUUGUUCACUUCAAAUGCAACCGAGAUUUUUUUUAUGCAUUUAUUCUUUGUUGUACCAAUUUGCAAUUA